AGUGGAGCAAUGCGAAACGGGGCUGUGGAAAUAACGAGGGGAAAAGGCGAUGGGAUUUUCUUUGAAAAGGCAGGGUAGAUUCGUUCAGCUGCGAGGUGAACUCACAUGUUGCCCCGGACAUGCCUGGUCGCAGGUGCACUACCGCUGAAGCCACGCUGCUGUUAUUCACGCUCGCUCCGCUCAGUGCGGCCCUGAAGUGUGUGUGUCAUCUUUGUGCGAACCACACCUGCGAGACUGAGGCAGAGGGUGCAUGCUGGAACUCGGUGAUGCUCAUCGACGGGAGAGAGGAGGCCGUGAAGUCCUGCCUUUCACCCAGCGAGAUGAAGGGCCAGGUGUUCUGCUACGGCUCCCGCCACGUCUCCAAACGCAACUGCUGCUUCACCGACUUCUGCAACAACGAGACCCUCCAUCUUCACACAGAGAGAUCCUCUGAGGGCUCCGUUUGGGGCCAGUUGGUGCUGGCUGCUGUGAUCUUGGUACCUUCUUGCCUGCUGUGUGUGGCUGUAGUUCUGGGGGUGUGUGCCGUGCACCACCAGCGCUGCAUCCACAGUAAGGCCCGGGCUCAGGAUCCCGAGGAGCUACUAGAUGACCAGAGUCUCGUUUCCCCGGAAAAAGGCCUAAAAGAGCUGAUCUGUGACAUGAGCACAUCAGGGUCAGGAUCAGGACUGCCACUGCUUGUGCAGAGGACGAUUGCGCGGACAAUUGUGUUGCAGGAGAGCAUUGGGAAGGGCCGGUUUGGCGAGGUGUGGAGGGGCAGGUGGCGUGGUGAGGAUGUGGCCGUGAAGAUUUUCUCCUCGCGGGAUGAACGCUCCUGGUUCCGCGAGGCCGAGAUCUACCAGACCAUCAUGUUGCGGCAUGAGAACAUCCUGGGCUUCAUCGCAGCCGAUAACAAAGAUAAUGGCUCGUGGACCCAGCUGUGGCUUGUGUCAGAGUAUCAUGAGUACGGCUCCCUGUUUGACUACCUGAAUAGGCACACAGUGUCUGUGGAUGACAUGAUCAUCCUGGCACUUUCCAUCGCCAGUGGCCUGGCGCACCUGCAUAUGGAGAUCGUUGGCACUCAGGGAAAGCCAGCCAUUGCUCAUAGAGACAUAAAGUCCAAGAACAUCCUGGUAAAGAAAAGUGGCACAGCAGUGAUUGCUGAUCUAGGACUGGCCGUCAAACACAACUCCACUACCAACACCAUCGACAUCCCUGUCAACCACAGAGUGGGCACCAAGAGGUACAUGGCCCCUGAAAUUCUGGAUGACACGAUUAACAUGAACAACUUCGAGGCUUUUAAGCGUGCAGAUAUCUACGCCCUGGGGCUAGUGUUCUGGGAGCUCGCUCGGAGGUGCUCCGUCAGAGGGCUUUUUGAAGAUUUUCAGUUGCCUUAUCAUGAUCUGGUGCCUUGUGAUCCAUCGGUGGAGGACAUGAGGAGGGUGGUGUGUGAUCAGAAACUGCGACCCAACAUCCCCAACCAGUGGCAGAGCUGUGAGGCUCUGAGAGUGAUGGGUAAGAUAAUGAGGGAGUGCUGGUAUGCCAACUCAUCUGCCCGCCUUACGGCGCUCCGUGUCAAGAAGACUGUCUCUCAGGUGACUGUCAUCAGGGAGGUUAAAGACUAGCCACUCCCCCACAGCCACUCAAAGGAAAGGGCAAAAACUGGAACUCCUUCGUUGUUCUAGCGUGUUGGCUGUGUCUAAAGAAAAUUGGCUGGGGUGUUGUUGGAGCCCAUCAUGUCUUAGCUUACUGCGUCUGCCUGAGGACAACAGCCUAUCAUCUUUCAUCUUAAUGAAUCUUUCCAAUGGAAACACAGCCAUUUUAGUCAAGGCACAUUUUACUGCGUGUAAAUGUUGAGCUUAUGCAUCUGGCUGAAGCAUUCCUACCAGUCAUCACUGACGUGCUGCUCUGCCCCUGACCAUGCACCUGGGUCGGGGGACUGUAAAAAUGUGCUCUAGAAAGAACAAGAGCUGUCGUGACAGGUAUUGCUCUCAUUUAGUGAGAGCAACCUGUUUUUUGACCUCUUAAUGUUCCGUACACACCUUGCACCCUGCACCUUGCACCUUGCAGAACGCAAAGAUGGACUGCUACCUCAUGUCACUUGAAGUGCCAUAUGCUCUCAGAUGCUCAGUUUAUGCUUUGUGCCAUAAAUGUUUUGGUGGAUAUUUCGCGUAUAUACUGUACACUGUAUUCUCUUUGUGUAUGUGGGUAGUUAUUGUUACUGAGCAAGACACUCAUGAGUUUAAGAUUGAUUAAGAAUCAGUCAAGCAAUUAAUUAAUCUAUUAACCUGUCAACCAACCACCCAAUCGAAAAAAACAUCUAUGAACAGGAAUUAAGCCUCAAGUGUAGAAAAAGACCAACAUAUCACAUAUGUAUUUUAUACAGUGGUGUGAAAAAGUGUUUGCCCCCUUCCUGAUAUCUUAUUUUGUCACACUUAACUGUUU